ACCAGAGGCGCCCCCAGGAUCAGGAUGGACCUCUCGGGCCACACAGACCCCACCGCCGCCCUCCCCAAGCACAUCCUGGACAUCUGGGUCAUCGUCCUCAUCAUCCUGGCCACCAUCCUCGUCAUGACCGCCCUGGUGCUCUGCCCGGCCACAGCGGUCAUCAUCUACCGCGUACGGACUCACCCCACGCGCAACGGCAUCGUGUGAGUGCCGGCGUCUCCGCCGGAGCCCGGCGGGAUCCCGGUGCCCAGGAUGCCGGCUCCGCAUCCCGCAGACCUGGCGGAUGGGGGGUUGCGCCGGGAUGGAGCCGCGAGGCUCUGCGGAGUGAGGGCCGUGCUGAGGGCUUCCCAUGGGAGCUGCUCGCUCCCACCACACGGCAGCCCCGUCACUCCUUUGCCAGCGACCUGCGUCCUCGCAGCUGGGGUGUCCCCGCUCCGUGUCCAUCCGUGGCUUUGGCACAUGAGGAACAAGGAGUGUGAACGCCUGGGAAUGUAAUUUCCUUGUAGGAAUCAGAGCUGUUGGGGCAGUAGGGACAAAAGCUCAAGCCAAGAGGGAUGUGGCUUCUGAUUGUGCGCUCAGAAACUGCACCAGAAGCAGUGGAGGGAAGAGCCCGUCCUGGCUUGGAGACGCAGCUGGUGCUGGUUACCCCCAUAGCAGGGGGCAGCCAAAGCCAUGGGAGGACAUUGCCGGCACCUGG